CAUCUACAUCUAGUACUCUCAAGCACAAAGCACAGUUCAAACUAUCACGAAACAUUACAGCGGAUGAAGCCCCAAUAUUACAAUCAGUCGAAGCAACCAUCUCAGCAAUACCUCUCCCAAACAUCCCCCAAGCGACACAAAAUUAA